UUUUGUUCCAUCUACUCUUUUCAACUAUUCACAUUUCAAGUUCAACCUUUUAAUUAAUUAUCAUCAGCACAAUGUUCAAGUCAAUCUUUCAAUCAAUCAAGCCAAUGAUCAUUAACGGUGCUACCAGAUCCGGCGUUACAGUUACUGCCACACCAGCUACUUCUAUUACUAUUUAUCACAAUACAAACUCCUUGUUAUCACACAAUUUGUUAUCCAAGUUGUCUUCAUACAGUGUUUUACCAUGCACUGUUCACAGAUUUAAGGAUUCUCAUCAAACCAUCACCUCAUACACUACUGACAAGGUCUCAUCUUCGAAUGGACAAGCACCAAUUGCCAAAUUUGAUGUCGAUGUCAAGUUUAACCAAGGAUUAUCUAAGACAGAUUACGAUUUCAUUAUGAAUGAAUGUGUCGAUAUCCACCCUGAUAAUCAAUCCAUUAUGUUGCAAUUGUUGUAUGGGGUUAGCCAUGACAAGAGAAAGUUGAUCAAGUCUUUUGAUUUACACGACGAAUUGUACAGUAACUUUGAUAGAGUCUCACAAUUAUCAAGAGAAAAUGGUCCUUUGAUUAUUGACUACAACAACAAGUUGAUUGCCAACGAUGAAGCUUCAUUUGAUCGUAUCAUGGUUAAUUACUUGAGUUGUGGAAUUCAAAAUGUUGAUAAGGCUGGUGCUGGUUUAGGUUCAAAUGGUUCUAGCAACAAUAGCGCCAAUCUUAACGUGUCUGCUGCUAGUACUAUUCCAGCCGCUGAGUUGUACCAUCAAAAUUUAAUCCAUCCUCACGUUGCUGAGUUUGCUGAUUUGUUUUAAGAUGGUUUUGUUUUUGUUUUAUUUUUAUAACUGGUUAUGGUCACUUUAUUAAAAGAAAUGGUAGUAUUACUACUGUGUUUGUCUUUUUUGGAUACUAAUUUAUAGCGGGUCUGUUUAAUAAUUUUUUGGGAAUUUUAGUUUUUUAUUGCUUUUAUAGAUUUUAAUUAAUAGCUAAAUAUAAUAUGAUUUAUAAAUU